AUGGCUUCUAAUCAAGAAAGAAAGAAGCCGGCCACUUGGGAUGUCCAGGAGACGGAGUGCUUUUUAGCAAUUAUAAAAGAAUUGCAAGUGAUAGCAUUGAUGGAUGGAAAGAAGUUUAGAACUUCCGAAAUAUUCAAGAAAGUAGAGGAAGCUUUUAAGAGCAAAGGAUAUCAGAAAACACCUACGCAACUCUUAGACAAAUUUAAAGCGAUGAAAAAACGAUUUAAAGCUACAACAGAAGCUUUAUCAGUAAGCGGCGCAGGAACCAAAGAUAAAGUAAAAUGUCCUUUUUUCGAAGAGCUGAGUGAGAUAUUUGGCCACCGACCAAUUGUAAAUCAAAGUGGUGUAGAUUCUACG